AUGAGCUCAAGCCCAUCCGGAUUACCAAGUCCUUGGACGAUUAGAUAUAGUAGAUCAAAAAAGAGGGAGUAUUUUUUCAAUCCAGAAAAUAAACAAUCUCAAUGGGAAGCUCCAGAAGGGACAGAUGUAUCCAAGCUAAAAGAGUAUAUGAUUAAAAACCCUUUAAAGGUAAGAUGUUUACAUUUACUGAUAAAACAUAAAGAUUCAAGGAGACCGGCCUCCCAUAGAUCUGAGAAUAUCACUGUAACAAAAGAAGAAGCCAUUGAAGAACUGAAAAGAUAUGAAGAAGAAUUGAAAAAAGACCCUUCUAAGUUUGAGGAAUUAGCAAAAGAAAGAUCGGAUUGUUCUUCAUUUAAAAGAGGUGGUGAUUUAGGCUUUUUCGGCAAAGGUGAAAUGCAACCUAGUUUUGAAGAAGUCGGUUUUGCUUUAAAAGUGAAUGAGAUCAGUGACAUUGUAGAAUCGGAUAGUGGUUUCCAUUUAAUCAAAAGAGUAGCUUAA